AUGGAUAAUAAUAUAUUUCAUGAAUUUAAUGGUCCAGCUAAAGAUAAAUGUAAUUAUUAUAAUCGAACAAGAAAUAGACUUCUUAUUACAGCUUAUGAAGGAAUACCUGAAACUCUUUUACUCAAUGCAUUAGGGUGUGUUCUCUUAGUUUUAUUUUUUGCAUUCAUGAGGAAAAGGGCAUGGGAUUAUGGACGUUUAGCAUUAGUCAAUAAAGAUUAUGAAAAGUGGUCUCGUAUAUUUUAUGGUACAACUGAUGAAAAUUCAGAGAAUAACAUUGAAGAUGGUAAUUCUACAACUACAUUAGAUAACUCAAUGCCUGUUGAUAGGGGCUUAUUUUCCUGGUUCUUAACAAUUAUACAGCUAAGAGAUGAAAAAAUUUUACGGAAAUGUGGUUAUGAUGCUGUUCAAUAUUUAUCAUUCCAAAGGCACAUAAUGGUUUUAAUGGCUAUAAUCACUGCAGUUUCAUUAGGCAUAGUACUACCAAUCAAUUUUGCUGGUGAUUUAGAAGGUGAUGAAAGAUCAUUUGGACAUACUACUGUUAGCAAUCUACACCCUGAUUCACCUUGGCUGUGGGUACAUGUGACUAUAGCCAUGUUAUACUUUCCAUUAACUAUUUGCAUAAUGAGAAGGUUUUCUGUAAAUCUUAAAUUAGAAGAAAAUGGUGAUUGUUGGUCGCGGACGUUGAUGAUAACAAAUAUUCCCAGACGAAAUUCUGACAUAAAUGAUAUGGAUCGACAUUUUAAAGAGGCUUAUCCUGAAUGUGAAGUAGAAAAUAUUCAGCUUGCUUAUGAUGUCAACAAAGCUAAUGAAUUAGAUAGAGACAGAAAUGCUGCAGUUCAAGCAAAACAAUAUUGUGAAAAUCAUUUAAAAACUGUAGGCGAACGUCUUACAGUACAACCCCAUGUUUGUGGUUAUAUUUGUAUUUGUUGUGGUUUCUGUAGUUCCAAUAAUUUAGAUGCUAUUGAUUAUUAUUCUCAAGAAGAAGCUCGGCUAAAAGCAGAAUUAGAAGCAGAAAAAGAAUCCGCUCUAAAGAGACCUCUAGGUAUAGCUUUUGUAACUAUGACAACAAUUCAUACAGCUAGACUCAUUCAUCAAGACCACGUUUACAAAUUAUCCAAAUGUGGUCGUCAUAAUCCACCUACCAGUUCUGUGGCUGGUCUACUUCAGCCUUAUCGUUGGAGAGUCACUUUUGCUCCUCCACCUGAUGAUAUAUUUUGGGAAAAUUUGACUGAACCAUCUCACAAUCGAUACUGUAAAAUUGUAUUAACAAAUUCAUUUUUAGUGAUAAUUUUAUUUUUUUUGACUACUCCUGUGAUUGUUUUGAACGUUAUGGACACUCUUAAACUAAGAGAAAUCGAAAAAGCUAGUCCUAUAUUAUCAGAAUUUAUGCCUACAUUAUUGUUGUGGACAGCAGCUGCGUUAUUACCGGUACUAGUUAUAAGGUCUGAUCAAUGGCUUAGUCAUUGGACAAGAUCUAAAAGAAACCAUUCCAUUAUGCGAAAAACAUUUGUUUUUCUUCUUUUUAUGUGUUUGAUACUCCCAUCUUUGGGAUUAACAAGUGCCCAAGCAUUCCUAAUGUUCGCAUUUCAAGCUGGUAUUGAGACUUAUCGUUGGCAAUGUGUGUUUUUGCCUGACAAAGGAGCAUUUUUUGUGAACUAUGUCGUUACGUCUGCUCUUAUUGGAACAAGCUUAGAACUAAUACGAUUUCCAGAACUUUUUAUGUAUGCUCUUCGAUUAUCAUUAUCAAGAUCAAAAGCAGAAUCUGCUAGUGCUAGAAGAUUAAUUCUUUGGGAAUUUCCAUUUGGUGUACAAUAUGCUUGGAUGCUAAUUAUAUUUUCAAUUGUGACAGUUUAUAGUCUUUCCUGUCCUCUUAUAACACCCUUUGGUCUUUUGUAUAUGGUUACUAAACAUUUUGUUGAUCGUUAUAACAUAUAUUUUGCUUAUGGCAAAUCAAAAAUUAGUAAACGCAUACAUAGUACAGCUAUAAAUUGUGUUAUGGUUUCAAUAGUACUUUUACAAGUAAGUUUUACUUCACUGUCAAUGUUGCGUCAUGGACUUCAUGAUAUUACUUUAUUUGCCUUGGUUGGACUUAUAAUAACAUUAACAUUUACAUUAUCUCAAUGUUUCUUCCGAAAUUGUACCGCAUGGAGUCCUAUACUUUACCAAGUUAGAAAUCCACGUACAGUUCAACCAAGUCCAGCCAGAAGACGUGAUCAUUCACAUGGUUAUGACUAUGUCCCUGAAGUAUUACGUCAACCUUUGCCACAUACAGCAGCAAAUUCUCUAAUUACGUUGACACCAAACGAUUCGGGUACAACAUUGGAUGAUUUGGAAAUCGAGAUGAGACAUAAUGAUGAUAGAUUAGAUUAUCAUCCGCAGACUAAAGUAAUUAUAGAAUCUCAAAAUCACUGUGAUCAACUAUACCAGAAUUAUGAUUAUAAUCAAACAGUUCCUGUAUAA